UAAUUUGUCAGUGCAUAAAUUAAUUUCUUGAUCUUCUAACAACUCUCACCUAUAAAUAAAAGUAGUCUCUCGCAGUUACUUACUCAAGGGAGUUAUAUCAACCUAAAAUAAAGCAUUAGUUGAGGGGACACACCUGUUUCCCUUAUCUAAGUAACACUCAUUAAACCUUCUCCCUACCUUACCUAUUCGAUCAUUACCAUUCAUUCUUUAUCAUGGCUGUUGACCUACACACUAGUGCCACUCAUGACUCAUCGUUUCCUUAUGAUUCGGACUUUACUCACUCCAACAACUUCAACUUUAACGGUUCAGAUUCAAAUCCACACUUCCUUAUUUCUCGCCAAAUUAGAUCCCAUACAUCUACAACAACAACAACAACACCUUCACUCCCUCGUGAACUAACCCAACAUCAUAUGGAGAUGUCUCUUCAACAAAACCAUAAACUCGGUUCCUCGUGCAUUGCUUCCGACGAUUUAGAUUCGUUGAAGCCAUUGGAAACAUCAUGCUGUUGGUCUCAACAAUCAUCUCUUUGGUCACCGUUGUACUCAAACCAAACUAGUCCUGAAGGUUCUUUGUCUCCUAAUGAACCUGCAAGCGUCCAUGACUCUGAUUGCUACGACAUGGUUAAGAUGCUUGAGAAAAUGAAUCUCGAAGAAAAUGGAAAUUCUAAAUUCAAAUCUCAUUCACAAGAAUCACAACACCAUGUUGGAGUCGGUUCAUCACAUGAAUACAUCCUCAACGAACAAAUACGAGCUAAUCAAUUGUCUCGACUCAGGCAAGAACAGAUUCUGUCUUUGAAGCAAAAACUCAUGGCGUAUAGAGAAAACCAUAGUUAUGCAUCACCGCCUCAGUUUCAAAAGAACGGUAAAGAGGUUGAUGUUGGAUUUGAGAUGGCUCGGUCCGGUUCACUGAACCGGCGCACCGGUUCUGAGAAGCUUCCGCAUUUUCAGGAAGCUACCGGUUCAAGAGGCCCAUCAUGUGGGACAGGUGUUUUCCUGCCACGUGGCGGAGUCAGUACUAUGUUUCAGUCACAGAGUAAAAGACCAGGUAAAGGUUGUUCAACUGUUCUUAUACCUGAGAGAGUAGUACAAGCCUUGCAACUUCACUUUGAACAAAUUGCUGCCACGUCUGGACCUAAACCACGUGCCAUCCCUCCCCUGCAUGAUGUUUUAGUGAGUACUAAUAGGGAUGGCAUGUAUUCCCUACAGAAACGCCAAUCACGGAAGAAACCAACACAAGUUCAGAAUGAGAUGAUUCUGCCACGAGAGUGGACCUACUGAAGCACAAGUAGCUGGCACUGUACUAGAGCUAUAUUUGUAGCUAUUUUUCAUUUAGUUUUAUGAAAAUAUUCAUACUAGUAUAAUGCUUUGUUAGUGGUUUCUGCCAAUUCAAGCAGAAUAAAGAAAUAAAGAAAAUCUGGUUGAUCAGAAGAAUAAAGAGAAUCAAUCCCUAGGUUGCUAAGUUCUACUUGGUUGCUUUAGAUUCAUUGGAUUAAUAUUUGGGGAAUUAUUUUGGAUGUAAGAUUGUAUCAUAUGAGUAGAUAGCAAAGACUCUGGUUGAGAAUAUAUUAGUUGCUUUGUAUUUUGAUUCUGCCUAAAUACGUGUAAGAGAGAAUAUAAUGACCGAGGAUGGAUCAUGGAUCAUAGUAUAGAAUAAAUUAUCAAUUUU